CAGCUUUGCGUACAGCUCGUUCAAGCACUGCAUACCCGUGGAACAUAGUAUUAUCACUGUAUCAGGCCGCGCGCGUUGGAACUGCGAGCGCUGCGGCCAGCAGUAGUUGCUAUUGCGCUUCCAUUAUAAACUGCAAGGAUGAACAUUACGUUAGAUUAAUGUAUGAACAAGCCCUGAAUACCCAAAACCAGAAGGGCCGCCAGAAAUCCUCAAUCGACAAGCACAGGCACUGGGUCGCUCGCGCGUUGGUCGCCUUGAGAAAUGGGUGGUAUCAAGAAUCGCGAGGCGAAGAUGAAGGCCAACAAGGUCUUCUCUUCCGGAGGCGGAGGCGGAGGCACAAAGGGCCCGGCGGUGAUUGACAAACGCGGUCAGGAGGUGAAGUGCCCCUACUGCGACAAGAUCUACCAGCAGAGUGGCCGCCUGAAGGAGCACAUCGCCUCCAAGCACGCCGACCAGCUCCAGCCCUCGGGAUCCGACGGACCCAGCACCAGCACCGGCACCCCCGCAGCGGCGGCUCCCGCAGCAGCGGCCCCCGCUGCGGCUGCCGCUGCCGCGCCUGCCAAGCCCAGCGCAAAGGGCGCAGACGGAGCCAAGGGCGGGCCGCCAGGCAAGGAUUCUGCGGUGGCCGCAGCGGCGGCAGCCGCCGCGCGUGCGGCGGCGCAAGCCGCCGCCGCCGCCGGUGCCAGCGGCGGCACCGCAGGCGGUGCUGCAGGCGCCGGCGGCGCAGGCGCCGGAGGCGGCGUGAUGACCCUGCAGAGCCGUGCAGGGUACUACACCAGCAAGAGCCCCAGCAUGCACCUGCACGAGUGGAUCCAGAAGGAGAAGCGCGUGCGGGCGCGCUACGUGCCCAAGCGGCUGGAGAACGGCAUGUGGACGUGCAAGGUGGUGCUGCCUGAUGGCAAGCGGCAGGAGGAUGACAUUGUGAUAUUUCUGGAUGAUACCCAUGCGGCGGCGGACGAGUCGGAGGCGCGGGAGCGCGGCGCGGUGGCGGCGCUCAACCGGGUCAUGGGCGACCGUGCGCUAGAGCGCAUCCUGCCCCGGGACUACGUGCCGCUGUGGAACGCCCUGGGGGAGGAGCGCAAGCGGCGGGAGGAGUCGGCGACGGCGCGGCGGGCGGCGGAGGAGCGGCGCAAGGAGGCGGAGGAGGCGCGCAGGAAGCGGAGCAACCUACGCGCGCCGCAGACGGUUGUGAUGAGCGCGGCCAAGCAGCGGCUGGUCCAGUCGCUGCUGCGGGACCGCGACCUGGACCUGGCCCGCGCGGGCGGCGCAGGAGGCGCCGGCGGCGCGGACACUGGCGGCUCCGCCGACCUGGCGGACGUGGUGGAGGCGCUCAGCGGCAUGGGCUUCAGCCCGCAGCACGUGCAGCUGGCGUACGAGCGGCGCGGCAGCGGCGGGGCGGGCGGAGGUGGAGGCGGAGGUGGGGGUGGUGGUGGCGGUGGUGGUGGCGGUGGUGUGAGCGUGGAGGCGCUGCUGGACUGGCUGCUGCUCAACCUGCCUGCGGACCAGCUGCCCGGGCAGUUCACCAAGGGCUCCACCACCAACAUGGUCAACGUGAUGGCACGUGCCGACCCCAGCCGCGCCACGGGCGUGUCUCUGGCCAGUGUGGCCCGACUCAUGGCGUACGGCUAUACGAGUACGGAGGCGGAGGCGGCGCUGGUGGCGGCGGGUGGCGACGAGGCGGCGGCGCACGUGACCGCGUACAGCAGACUGACGGAUGUCAAGCUCGGAGGCAGUGAAGGCAGCGGCCAAGCGGCGGUGGUGCCAGACGGCGGCGGCGACGGCGACGCAUGGGCGGAGGAGCUUAUGGUGCUUGAAUCCAUUUACGACACCUCAUUUGCUGUACUGUCGGAAAACGCAGUACGGCUGACCUUGGAGUUGCCCGAAACCUGCCCCGUCGCGACGCGCUCCGACGCGCCGCUCGUGCUCGAGUUCGUACGGGUCAACAGUACGGCUGCGGGCGGGCUGUCGUACCCGGCGGCGCCGCCGCUGGUGGGCGUGAGCUGUUCGGGUCUGGCGGCGGGCGGGUUGCGGCACCUCACUCGGGUGCUGGCGGCGGAGAGCCUGUUGCUGGCGGCGGCGGCGGAGCCGGCGCUACACUCGCUGGCGGCGCGGGCGCUGGAGGAGGCGGCGGAGAUGGACGAGCAGACGUGCUCCGCCGCGGAGGCCGGCGCCUCAGGCCGCAAGGGCGCUGCCGCGGGCGCAGGUGGCGACGGGGCGGCGGGCGACGAGGAGGCGGAGGAGUCACUGGUGGAGGGCUUUGAGGACUUGGUGGUGGACGAGGAGGAGGAGGACGAGGAGGAGGGCGGGGAAGCUCGGCGGCGCUCGGCGGCGGCGCGGAGGGCGCGGCGGCCAGAGGAGAUGCGCCGGCGGCGUCCUCAGAUCGACAUUGCCGCCGAGUCCGCCCGCCUGGCUCGUGUCCAGUCCGACCUGGACGCCGCCGCCUCGCACGCCGGCAUGCGCUCCGCGCGCCGCUCGCUGCCGGCCUUCGCCAAGCGCGACGAGGUGCUGGCGCUGCUGCGGGCGCACGACGUGCUGGUCGUCAGCGGCGCAACCGGGUGCGGCAAGAGCACGCAGGUGCCGCAAUACAUCUUGGAAGACGCGAUCGCGGGCGGCGCGGGCGCGGCGUGCAACAUCAUCGUCACGCAGCCCCGCCGCAUCUCGGCUCUGGGCCUGGCCAGCCGGGUGGCGGCGGAGCGCGGCGAGGGCGUGGGCCAGACCGUGGGCUACAGCGUUCGCCUGGAGCACCGCAGCAGCGCCGCCACCCGGCUCACCUUUGUCACCACCGGGAUCCUGCUGCGGCGGCUGCUGUCGGACCCGGACCUGGAGGGCACCACUCACAUCGUAUUGGACGAGGUGCACGAGCGCUCCAUUGAGAUCGACCUGCUACUGCUGCUACUGCGGGACGUGCUGGAGCGCCGCCGCCAGAAGGCGGCUACAGCCGCCGCAGCCGGUCAGCAGCAGCAGCAGCAGCAGCUACAGCUACAGCCGCUCAAGCUGGUGCUGAUGUCUGCUACAGCCGACGCCCAGCUCUUUGCGGAGUACAUGACGCCCGGGGCCGGCGGGAGGGGCGGCGCCAGGGGCGGCAAGGCCAAGGCGGCGGGCGGCGGCGGCGGCGGCGGCGGGGAGGUGGGGAUGAUGACAAUCCCUGGCUUCACCUACCCGGUGCGGGAGUUCUAUUUGGAGGACGCGCUGGAGUUGACGGGCCACGUCAUCGGCCGCGACAACCGCUGCGCCAGGCGCGGCCUGCGCGACUGGAAGGACGCACGCGAGCUGCCGGAGGUGGCGGGCCGGCCGCUGAGCGGCGCGCUGGGGCCCGGCGGGUACUCCGACCUCACCCUGCGGUCGCUGUACAUGGCGGAUGAGGAGCAGAUCAACUACGACCUGCUUGUGGACGUGAUCGCGGAGAUCAUCGCCCGACACAAGCGCGACGGAGCGGCAGCAUUCAUGAAGGACUGGCAGCAGGCCUACGCCUCCGGCCGCGGCGACACCAGCGGCGGCGGCGCCAUCCUGGUCUUCCUGCCCGGCGCCCCGGAGAUCGGCCGCCUGCAGCGCCUGCUGCUGGCCAGCGACAAGGUGCUGGGCGCGGCGGGCGGCCGCGGCGGGCUGCGGGUGCUGCCGCUGCACGGCUCGCUGUCCAGCGGCGACCAGUCCAAGGUGUUUGCCAGGCCGCCGCAGGGCUGCUACAAGGUUGUGCUGUCCACCAACGUGGCCGAGACCUCCAUCACCAUCGACGACGUGACGGUGGUGGUGGACGCCGGCCGCGUCAAGGAGAUGAGCCACGACGCCGAGCGCGGCAUCCAGCGCCUGCAGGAGGGCUGGGUCAGCAAGGCCGCCGCGCAGCAGCGCAGGGGCCGAGCCGGCCGCGUGCGGCCGGGCGUGUGCUUCCGCCUCUUCUCCACUGAGCAGUGGCAGCGCAUGCCGCCGCACACCGAGCCCGAGAUGCUUCGCUCGCCGCUCGAGAGCGUGGCUCUGCUGAUAAAGGGCAUGAUGACUGGCGCCGCCACAGCCGCCGCGGGGGGCGGCGGAGGCGGCGCCGCUGCGCGGGCGGCGGCGGAGGCGGCGGGCGGCGUGAGCGGCGAGGGCGGCGUGGCGGCCUUCCUGGGGCGGUGCCUGUCGCCGCCGUCUGCGACUGCCGUCAACUCGGCGGUCCACCUGCUGCGCACCAUGGGCGCCUUGGACGCCUGCGAGGCGCUCACCAGCCUGGGCCGCCACCUGGCGCGCAUGCCCAUGGACCCGCGGGUUGGCAAGGCGCUGGUGUACGGCUGCCUGCUGGGCUGCCUGGACCCCGUGCUCACAGUCACGGCGGCGCUGGCGCACGGCCGGCCCGUGUUCCUCAACCUGCAGUCGGCGGGCGAGGGUGUGUCGGAGGCGCGGCGGCAGCUGUUGCGGGCGGCGGUGGACAGCCGCUCCGACCACAUCGCGCUGGUGGCAGCCUACAACGCCUGGUGCAGGGCGACCGACAAGGGCGGGCGCUCCGCCGCCUCGUCGCUGUGUGCGGAGUGCGGGCUGUCUGAGUCGUCCCUGGAGGCCAUCCAGGCCGGCCGGGCCGAGUACGCCCGCGUCCUGGCGGAGCUGGGCUUCCUGUCCGGCACCGCCACCGGUGCGCUUGACGCCCGCCGCGACCUGGGCCCCGCCGCCAGCCUGCCCGGCAGCGACUGGCUGACGCAGCAGCCCGCCAACCGCAACGCCGGCAACGCGCGCUUCCUCAAGGCAGCGCUGUGCGCCGGCUUCUACCCCUCCGUGCUGCGCGUGGACCACCCGCGAGCUAAAUUCGUGGAGGUGCACGGCGGCACUGCGGAGGCGGACGCCGACCCCAAGGACAUCAAGUUCUUCGACCGCGAGCGCGGCCGCGUGUUCAUCCACCCGGGCUCGCUGCUGUUCACGGCCGGCAAGUUCCCCAGCGGCUGGCUGGUGUUCACGCAGAUGACAGAGACCUCCAAGCUGUUUGUGCGCGAGGCCAGCAUGGUGCCGGUGUACGCGCUGCUGCUGUUCGGGGGCGAGGUGGCGGUGGACCACGGCGCGGGGCGGAUCAGGGUGGACGGCUGGGCCGAGUUCAAGGCCGCCGCCAACGUGGGCGUCAUGGUGCGCGAGCUGCGGUCGGAGAUGGAUCGCCUGCUGGGGGCCAAGAUCCAGGAUCCAGAGUUGGAUCUGGGCAGCAACAAGAUUGUGGCGGCGGUGGAGGAGCUGCUGUCAACUGACGGCUUCUAAUUGAAGGAGCUGUGGAAGACAUGGGAUGGGUGGUCAUAGGUCAGGAAGAUGUUGCACUUGGGGCAGUGAGGCACUGGCUGCUGGCUGCGUGCGUCGGCGAGAGCAUCUUCCAUCCGCCGGUGUGUGGGCGUAAUACCUGAGCUGUGCAACGGGCGCUAUGGUGGAACUAGUAAUGCGUUUGCGGUUGACGUGUGACUGCCAGGCGUGCCAGUGCAGAAUACGGUGGUGCCCCUAGCUAGGUGGCUUGAACCCAGGCUUGUGGGGGGGGGGGAGGAAGGGGGCAUGCAGGCGGGUUGCAGGAUGUUGGACUGUGGUCGUACCCUGCCAAGAUUGGCAUGGCGGAGUCAGGGCUCGUAAUUUUGGGAUUGAAAGUGAGUUUGUGAUCCAUGAGCAACUGGAAGCGCUGAGCCCCUAUCUGCGCACAGGCAGAAUGUACUGGUUUGCGAGAUUUCUAUAAGCGGCCCAGCAAUUGUAACCGAGUGUACAC